AUGGCAAGGCGGCAUCACUGUCCACACCUCCCUACCAAGAUUUAUGAUCAAACACAGAAACCAUGUCUUCUCUCUGAAUAUACGGAGAACUACCCUGUCUACCACUCUUACCUGCCCAGAGAGUCCUUCAAGCCCCGGAAGGAAUACCAGAAGGGGUCCAUACCGAUGGAAGGCCUGAGCACAUCAAGGAGAGAUUAUGGGCCUCACAAAAUGGCACCAGUGAAAAUCUACAAGCCUGAACCAUUCAUCCCAAGUGGAGAGAAUAUGGAUUUACUCACAACUUAUAAACAAGAUUAUAAUCCCUACCCUCUCUGUCGAGUGGACCCCAUCAAACCUCGGGACAGCAAAUAUCCAUGUGGUGACAAGAUGGAAUGCCUGCCUACUUAUAAAGCUGAUUAUUUACCUUGGAACCAACCAAGACGGGAGCUACUUCGUCCAGAACACAAACGCUGGCUGGAAUCCACCAAAUUUGACAGCAGAACCACACACCAGGAUGACUACUCCAUGAAGGGCCUCGUGACCACCAGGAGCUGUAAACCCCCAGCCAUGCCCAACCUUUGUAACAUCCCCUUGGAGGACCUGACCAACUACAAGAUGAGCUAUGUGGCACACCCUGUGGAGAAGUGCUUUGUGCACGAGGCAGAGAAGUUUAGACCCUGUGAAAUCCCCUUCGAGAGCCUCACCACACACAAAGAGUCCUACCGAGGCCUACUAGGGGAGCCUGCCAAGAGCUCGAAGCCUCCAGCCAGGCUACCGGGGACAGACACACCAUUCUUGAACACCACCGAGUUUCGAGAUAAGUACCAAGCUUGGCCAACGCCCCAGUUAUUCUCCAAAGCUCCAGUUGCUUUUGUCCCUCCUGAAGAGAAGAUGGAUCUUCUGACAACAGUACAAGCCCAUUACACAGACCCUAAGGGUGCCCCUGCUCAGUCCUGCCGACCAGUGCUCCCGAUUAAGAAGAGCUUCCGUUUCGAAGGCUCUACUACCACCAAGGACGACUAUAAGCAGUGGGACAGCAAACGCACAGAAAUGGCCAAGCCCAUCCCCCACCUGGGCUUUCCCACAGAGCCCUUGGACUGUCUGACCACCUUUCGGGCCCACUAUGUGCCCCAUCCACCUAUCAGUACCAAAAGCUGUAAGCCCCCUUGGUCUGGCCCUCGAGCAAAUAUUCCUUUGGAGGGCCAGACCACCUAUUCCAUCAGCUUCACUCCCAAGGAAAUGUGCAAGUGCCCAGCUGCAUACCCUGAGCCCCCUGGUUACAUCUUUGAGGAGGUGGAUGCUCUGGGGCACAGGUUGUAUAGGCCAGUUUCUAGGCCAGGCUCUCGGAGGAGCAGCUAUCUUUCUGGAGGUGAUGCAGAAAACCCUAACCAGAUGGAUUUGGCAGUGUCAGCCUGA